AUGGGAAUCUUGAAAGGUAAAGAUACAGCUUUAGAGCAUAUUGAAAAGUCGAAAUUGGCUUUUCUGGCAACAUUAAGCGAAGUAACAAAGGGACCAUCGGAGAGUGCAGUGCCACCGAAAGAUCAUUUUACUCUCAAGUUCGAUCGAAAAUCGAUUCAGAGUUUAAAAGGACGUGUCUACGAAAAUAUGAAAGAAUACACUUAUGUACAACUGGGUGAAGGUAUUCCAGCAUAUUUCAAUAGCAAAGGAGCUGAAACUGGUCUCAUUAAUCCGACCAAACCACCUGUACCAAUUGUUGGUCGUCAAUAUGUCGCUUGCAUUUAUGAUGAUCUCAAAAUAAUCGAUUGUUUAAUCGAAAUAAGUCGUAAUGAAAUCGACAAUUUAGUUAAAAUUGCUAAUGCUCGACGUAAAUCAGUCGUCUAA